AUUCACCAGGUUCAGUGACGGUACAGGACAGCAGCAAUAGCGACCUAGCGGCUGCAGCACCCACCUGAGUAGCAACCGACAUCAGGGACCCUACAGACGCGACUACAGCCCUGCCCUAAAGUAGCCUCCGUUCGCGUCUAGCCUCGACUCGACUCAGACGCGACUCGACUCAGACGCGACUCCAGCCCGCACAGCCAUGAGUCGUUCUUGAGAAUUCUAGGGGCCGAUUCUCAUCAGGCAGGAGCCAUGAAUCGUCAUUUCCUCGCCGACGGAUGGUCCGCAGUCGAGUUUGGGACCGUCGCUUCUCCCGCCUAUCGAUGGCUCUUCUUCGAUCCUUCCGCGCGCCCGUUUUCCCCCUGGCACGACUUCCCCCUGCACUCCAAGCACGGCUUUUACCACGUCCUCUGCCUCACUCCGCGGGGCUCCGCCGCGCGCGUCGAGGUUUCCGCGGAUGAGGAUUUCGACCCGCUUCGCCCCAUGGCUUGCGCCGCCGGCGGAGACGGCGGAGGCGGAGGCGACGGAAGCGCAGGCGGCGGAAGCGCAGGCGACGUAAACGGAGGUGGUAAGUUUGCGCCGGCCCGAUUUGCGGCGGAGGCUCCAUGGAACCUGGGAAUUGCGCCGCAGACGUGGCUGGAUCCCGAGUCGCCAGGCUACAGUGGCGGCGGGGGAGGCGGAAGCGGAAGGGAGAGUUGGGGAGCGGAAAUUCCGCUGAGCGGGACUCCGGUGGAUGUAAUCGAAAUCGGCGCGCAGCUGGGGGAAACAGGCCAGCUGUACGCGGUAAAGCCUCUCGGCGCGCUUGCCGUAUUAGCGGAUUCUAACGACGGGUUUGCGACCCCUGCGACGUCGGCGACGUCGCACGAGCUUGGGCCGCCGCGUCGCGUGAUGUCGUGGACGAUCGUGGCGAUAUCGCUGACGGACCCGCGGUCGCACAUUGUGAAUGACGUGGCAGACCUCGCAUGGGAGAUGCCUGGGGAACUGGAGCGGAUUAAAUUGUGGAUGAAAACGUGCUGCGGCUUAACCAGUGGUUACCACCGGCGAUGUUUGGCGAUCAACGAACAGGUGUGGGGUCGCGAACGCGCGAUCGAGGAAUUGACUGUCGCGCACCAAUCGUGGCAAAUCAUGCAUGACGAACUGCCCCCUCCCGCGCCUUUCGUGCAUGCCGAAUUGCCGAACCUUCGAGCCUCGGCUUCUCCGAACGCGAAUGAGAAGAAUCUCGAUAGUGUCAGUAUUACGAGCGGUGUACAGUGCACAGAAAUGUACAGUGAUGAAAUGUUAGGAAAAUCAUAUGGUAGUGAAAAUGGAAGCAGGAGUAGCAGCAAGAGUGCAGCUUUGCCAACGCCAGAGGUAUUAGAGCAGCUAUGGGCCCCAGUGUUUGAACGGUAUAGCCACGGAAACAGCAGCUGCCAGAAGAACAUCCACAACAACGGCGAUGGCCAGGGUGACUAUCAAAAUAGCAGCAGCAGUAGGAAUAGUAGCAGCAGCAGCAGCAGCAGCAGCAGCAGCAGCAGUAGCAGUAGUAGUAGUAGCACAACCACAACAGCUACAACCGCCACCAGCAGCACCUCCACCGGCUCCAGAGGUAUUGGCAAGAGCAGCUGCUACAGCAGCCGUGGCAGGGGCAGCAGCAACACAGCCACAACUACAGCCAUCAGCAGUAGCGCCACCAGCGGGCAUAAUGCCAUGGGCAAGAGCAGCAGCUACAGCACCCAUAGCAGCAGCAGCUAUAGCAGUAAAGGCACAGAAGCAGUCGCCAGCAAUACCACCGCUGCUGGCAACAGUGGGGGUUUCAACAAGAGCAGCAGCUACAGCAGCAGCAGCCACAGCAGCAAGAGCAAGGAUGCAGCUGCCGGCAAUUCCAGCGCCAGUGGCUGCAGUGGGUUUGGCAAGAGCAGCAGCUACAGCAACCGCAGCAGCACGGCCACUGGCACAAGUGGUAACACAAGGGGUAACACAAGUGGUAACACAAGCGGUCAGACAAGUGGUAGCAUGAAGGAUGGAAAAAAGGACAGCAGCAGGAAGAAGGAGGGGGGCGGCCUAGCGGCUAGCCUACGGCGUCUCAUGCUGCCGCCCACCCCAACCCACCCCGCCCACGUGACUGUAUGGGGAGAUUCGGCCAAGACUCGGAUGGAUGCGAUUCUUGGGAAAAGCCAUGCCAGGGCGUUGGGAGACUCGAUAGAGUCACAUUCUUCUAUCAAGGUAGAGUCACGGGCGCAUGGUCUUAAACCGUUACAGUCACAUGGCUCCAGUAGGAUACAUUCUCGUUGUUCUAAGACGCCUGGGGGAAGGCUGGAGAGUCGAGGGUGGAGGGAUGAGGAGGAAGAGGAGGAGGCAAAGGAAGAGGAGGAAGAGGAGGAGGGGGAGAUUAGUGAGGGGGAGGAGGAGAGAGCUCCUCCUGUCCUUGUGGCCCCUCCUUUAAACGAUGUAAGAAAGAGACUAGGGGGAGUCAACAAUAUUCCGACGGCUGCUGCCGCCCUGACUCCUGCCGCUGUUUCCUUGAAUCCUGCUUCUUCUGCUGAUGCUGCUCCUGCUGCUGCUGCUGGGGGAAAGGAGGGGGGAGCGAGGGUGAGGGGAAUGCACGUGAGGGGGAGAACCAGGGACUUUGUCUUCCCUAUAGACGUCCCCAUUAACGCACAAAGUGGGAGGCCCGUGGCUGGGGUUGCAGAGGGCGGCUUUAUGAGUGCCACUACCGUAGCCGCCACAGUAGCAGCAGCUGAAGCAGCAGGGUAUGUAGCAGAGGUGGUACAGGCAGCAGAACCAGCAGCACCAGCAGCAGCAGCAGCAGCACCACCACCACCAGCAGCAGGAGGUGGGGUUUCCCCUUCCCCCAGGAUCCAUUUCCACGUGCCCUCGCGUGCUUAUAUGCGGCGGGCCCACUGCAGGAAGAGCCAGGAGAGCAUGGCCCAGGUGUCUUCCGUGCCGGAGGGUGACUAUAGUGAAGGGCACAGGGGGGAGCGGGGAAGCAGGGGGAGCAGGGGGGGCAGCAUGGCGCUGCAAGAGGGUGAGUAUAGUGAAGGGAGCAGGAUGGAGUGGGGGAGAAGGGGGAGUUGGGGGAGCAGGGGGGGCAGUAAGGAACUUCCGGAGGGUGACUAUAGUGAAGGGGACAGGGGGCAGGGGGGGCAACAGAGUGAGAGUGCAGCAGCAGAAGCAGGGGAGGGCGGGGUGCAGGUGAAUGGGGGCAAAGGGGGCAUAGACGAACGCUCAGGUGGGGGUGUUGCUACGAGUGUGAAUACAAGUGUUGAUACGAGUGUAGAGACCAGACUAGGUAGUGGGGGGAUCCAAAAUCAGGGACUCAGUAGCAGCAGGAGCAGCCGGAGCAGGGAGACAUGUCGAAGCAUGACCCGAGCGCUGUCUAGGAGAAGGGGUUCAGGGUGUGAGGCUGUGGAGUGUGACUAUACGGGCACUAGUGAGAUGGGUCGUUCUGAGCGCGGGGUUUCUGGGGAGUGUAACUAUAUGAGCAUUUCGGAUCUGGGGUCUUCCUCCAAGCGGGGGGACUCUGGGGAGUGUGACUAUGUGAGUAUCUCUGAUCUGGGCUCUGAGUGUGACUAUAUCGAGAAAGGCCCUUCCACCAAGCGUAAGGACUCUAUAGGGUGUGAUUAUAUCGAACUGGGUCCAUCCAAGCGUGAGGGCUCCACUUGUGACUCUAUCGAAGGGGAGAACAAGGGCGAAAUGUCUUGCUCCUUGUCUCCUAGAGUAGAGGUCUGUAACGGGGGUGACAAUAGCGAGGGGGCGCAUGAGGAGGGUAGUGGCAAUGUGGGUGAGGAGGAGGAAGAGGAAGAGGAGGAGGAUGGUAAAAGAGGAAUUGAGGAGCAACAGAAGGGGUUGGAGAGCGCAGAACCUGCAGCAACUGCUUUGGAGUCGGCUCAUAAUGGGGGGUGUGAUGGGGGGUUGGAGAGAGCAGAGGAGCUACACACAAAGGAGGAUGGAAUAGAGGAGGGGGGGAGUGAGGAGGGGGAGAGUGAGGAAGGGGAGAGUGAGGAGGAAGGGGAGAGUGAGGAGGGGGAGAGUGAGGAAGAAGGGGAGAGUGAGGAGGAAGGGGAGAGUGAGGAGGGGGAGAGUGAGGAGGAAGGGGUGAGUGACGAAGGAGAGGAAAGUGGGGAGGAAUGGAAGGAAGAGGAACGAGAGUGGGGCGAAGGGGAGGGAGAGAUUGUGACAGGAAGUAAGGACGGGGUUGUGGGAGGAGAUGGUUUGAAGUGUUUUAGAGCUCGAGUGGGAACAACUAGCAAGAGUGAUUUGAGGGGUGAGGAGGGAGAAGAGGCGAGUGAGGAGGGGAGUGAGGAGGGGAGUGAGAAGGAAAGUGAGAAGGGGAGUGAGGGGAAUGAGGAGGGGAGAGAGGAGGAAAGUGAGGAGGAAAGUGAGAAGGAAACUGAGGAGGCUCGGAAGCUUCUGGAGGAGAUAAGGAGUGUUGUGAGGAGGAAGAUGCAGAAGGAAGGGAAGCUUCCUCUGAACCCCGCUUCUGAUGCUUCUGUGAAUGGUGCUGGUGGUAAUGAUGCUGCUGCUGCUGCUGCUGCUGCUGCUGCUUCUGCUGCUGCUGUUACUGCUGCUACUAAUGCUGUUAAUACCGCUGCUCCUGCUGCAGCAGAUGCUAGUGGUGAUAGCGCUUCUGCUGCUGCUGCUGCUGCUGCUGCUGCUGCUGCUGCUGCUGAUAAUGAUAAUGAUCAUGCUACAGCUCCUAAAGUCCCUACAGCUGCUAAAGACCCUACACGUUCUCCUUCCCCUUCUCCUCUCUCUCCCCUCCAUACUCCUGCCCACUCUCCGCUCCCUCCCACCGCCCUCCCUCCCCUUCCUUCUUCUUCCCACUCUCCCCUUCCUCCUGGUAUCCUCCCCCCCACUGGAUUGCCACAAGGGCUGCAAAGUGGGCUGCAAAGUGGGCUGCAAAGUGGGUUGCAAACUGGGUUUCAAACUGGGUUUCAAACUGGGUUGCAAACUGGCGCUCUGCGAUCAUCAAGUGUGACCAGUGCUGCUAGUGAGGGCGCUAAUAAGGAGUACAGGAGGGCUGUGAGCGAGAAAAUGAGCUGGGAGAGUGAAAUAGCAGCAGGGGUGGAAGCAGCGUCCACAACAGCAGCAGUGGCAGCAGCGUUCAACUCCAACCACUCUGCACCACUCGAAAGCAAGCUUGAAUCAAACCACUCUGGAUCAGCAGUAUCUGGUGCAGCAGCGGCAACGGAAUCUGCUGGUGCUGGUGGUGUUGGGGAGGGUGGUGUAGGGGCAGGGGGAGGAGGAAGAGUGGAAGUGAGUGAGGAGGAGAGGGAGAGGGAGAGAGUGAGGGAGAGGGGGAAUGAGCUGGCGGAGAGAGCGAGAAGGCAGCGGCAGCAGUUUAUAGAGAGGCUGGAGAGGCGCAAGCAGAUCGCCCUGAUUGGUGGGCUGGGGAAAGAUGUGCCUUGGGGAGGCGGUUUGGGGGUGGGAGGGGUUUUAGGGAUUGGGGGGGGGUUAGGGAUGGGAGGGAGAGCAGGGAGUGUGGCAAGUGCGAGGAGUGAUGGGGGAGGAGAAGGAGCAGGGAGGGCGGGAGAUUUGCACGUGGGGAAGAGAGCUGCGAGAGGGAGUGCAAGGAAGGCAGAUGGUGCAAGCAGCCCUUGUAUUGGUGGUGCUGCCGCUGCUGGUGGUGGUACUUCUGCGGCUUCCACUGCUGCUGCUGCUGCUGGUGCUAGUGACAGCAGUGCGAGCAGGUGGGGCGUGAUACACGGUACAGGGGAGGUGGACCAGCGGAGGAGGUGGCUGGAGGAGCCGGAUGUGGCUGAUGCUGAGCUACUAGCCAUCAAGGGGAAGUACCUACUGCGCUCGAUCACCAUGCUAAGGGAAGCGAGGGAGGAAGAGGCAGAGGCAGCAGGCAGGGCAGGGGAAUCCACGCGUGGCGCCGAGCUGCUAGCGACUAAGGGCAACUACCUCCUUCGGUCGAUAACUAUGCUUAGAGAGGCCCGGACGGAAGAGGCAGAGGCAGAGGCAGAGGCAGCAGCUGCUUCGGCUGAAGCUGAGAAGAUGGACGCACAGACCGCAGCGGCAGUUGCAGCCUCUGCCACAGGAAGAGGGCGAAGCAGCAGCCAGCGGAGGCAGUGUAACAUGCCACAGCGGAGAAAUCAGCAGCAGCAUCGGUGCCGCCGCCGCCGCGGGCUGCACCAGAGGAGCAUGAGUGAGGACUUUGCCUCUCAGCUCUUGGUGUUGGAGAAUUCUCUAGGACCAACUCGGCACCAGAGGAGCGUGCGUGAGGACUUCAUAUCGCAGCUCUUCCAAACCGACUUCUCCCAGUUUGUGGACCUCGCAUCCGCUGCCGCCCCCUCCCCCCCUCUCUCCCCUCCCACUCCUCCUCUCUCUUCCUCCUCCCCUCUCUCGCCCGGCCCCACCUUGACUCGUCAAGUCAGUAGCCAGCGGGCCCGGGCGAAGCAGAGAGAGAGACAGGCGCUGCUGGACUGUGCUGCUGUGAUCGCAGGGGGGCUGGGGGGAAGCAGAAGGCGGGGCGGAAGUGGAGGGUUAGGGGGGAGUGGAGGGCUGGGGGAUUUUGGGGAAAGGGGGACGGAGGAGAGGAGGGGAGAGGGGCUUGCUUUGGGUGCACACAAGGAGAGGGGUGGGGUGCGGUUGAGGGCUGCGGGGAAUCAAGUGGCAGCUGCUGCUUUGCAGGCAGUGACGCCAAGGGGAGGGGGAGGAGGGGGUGGGUGGGGAGGAGGGUGGGGAAGAGGAGGAGGAAGUGGAAGAGGAGGAGGAGGAGGGAGUGGAGGAGGAGGGGGAGGAGGGGAGAGGGUGAGGAGAGGAGGAGGUUGGCGUUUAGGCUUUCGAGAUGAGGAGAAGGGGAAUGGGUAUGGGGUCGCUACGAGUGAGUGUGGGGAGCCGAGUCUAGAAAUAGAAAAUACAGCAGACGACACACUCGAUCCGCUGCAUCUUCGAGGAGAAAAGACGAGGAUCAUUCGAUCCAAGACCAUAGCAACCCCUGGGCUGGACUCACGGAAGCAGGAGACGAGAUUGCCAGUCUCCCCGGCUACACAUGCCGCCCGUGGCAGCAAGGGAAGGGAGGGCAGUGGGCAGCAGGGGGGAAGUGGGGCGGAAUGGGAUGGAGGAGGAGAUUGGGAUGGAGAGGAAUGGGGGGGUGGAGUGGAAGGGGAAGGGGAGGCGGAGGAUGCGGAGGAGGCGGAGGAGGUGGAGGAAGAGGAGUAUGAGGUGCCGUUGGUUCAGCUGCUUCGAUCGCGAACCAUUGGGUCGGGAUAUGCUUGGAGGGUGCAGGAUUUAGAGUAUAGUGAUGCUGGUGGUGCUGAUGGUGGUGUUGGUGGUGGCGGUCGUGGUGGUGGUGAUGGGGAUGGUGAGGGGGCAGUUGAACUAGAUGGAAGGAAGGGACGGAAUGGGCAGAGGGAGAGUGAAGGUGAUGGUAGUGGUGGUGAUGGGACAGAGGGGAGGCAGGAGCGAAUGGGGAGUGAAGGCACAGGAAGGAUUGGUGCAAAGAAGCGAGAAGGGAAAGGGAGAGAGUGGGAAGUGGGUAGUGAGGGGAAAAUGGGUUCACGAGAUGAUGGGACAGAGGGAGAGGGGGUAAGAACAAGGGGGAUAAAGACGGGUGAGAAGGGGGAAGGGAAGAAGAAGGAAAGGAACGGGACACGGUUACAGGAGGUGGGAAAGAAAGGAGCGAGUGGGGAAGGGGACGAGGAGCUCCUCUUGGUAAAGAAUGCUGAAGAGGGAGCGAGGAGGAGAAAGAGUAAGAAGGUGAAGAAGAUCGAGGCGAAGAGGAACGAGGAGGAGGAGGAGGAGGAGGAGGGACGACAAGUAGAGGGCAGUUGCUGUGAGGCAGAUGCAGUAGAAACGAGAGAGGUAGCAGACGGGGGUUUCCAUGGUUUUGCAGAGCAAACUUGCAGCGUUACCACCACCGCAGAGGGUUACAGGGUUACCACUCCAAUCCCUUCUUCUCCACUGCCACCCACCCCGCGCCUGCUUCUCAAGUCUCAGUCACACACAGGGAGCAGCCAAGCCACUGAGAGCAGGGCAGACGCAGGGAGUGGCAGAGGCAUUGGGAGCAGGGCAGAGAGAGGGAGCAGUGGAAGAGGCCCCUUAUUGUCUGCUCGCAGUGUAGGGUUACCAGCAGCUACAGGGGUGCAAGGGGAUGCUGGGAUGGCCUGGAGCGGUUGUAAGGGAUUAAGAGUGGCCAUUCCCUCUGAUGCUGCUGGUGACGAGGAGGAGGAGGGUGACUAUAACGAGUAUGGGCUGCUAGAGCGUGGUGCAAUGUCCGUGCGUGACUAUAUGGGGGGAUCAAGACCAGGAGCAGCAGGGACAGGAGCGCGAGCAGUGACGGCUCUGACACCCGGCCCAGCAGCCUAUGGGAAACUGCCACGUGGCAUGUCUCCCAAGCCUAUCAUGACCCGUGAGGCGCUGGCAGCACAGACGGCGGCUGGGUUGGGGAGGCCUGGUAUGGGCAAUGGUGGUUCCAGGAUUGGUGCUAGGUGGACUCCUAGGGGGGGCUUUAAAGGGGGCUUUGAAGGGGCCUUUGAAGGGGGCUUUAAAGGGGCCUUUGAAGGGGGCUUUAAAGAGGCCUCUUGGGGAGAAUAUAGGGAGGGCCAUAGGGGCCCCUCUAUAGUCUCUUCUAGAACAGUCACUCCAAAGGGACUGACCCCUUGUGAAGGACUCAACCCACAGGGCAGCAGCACCUCUAGAGGCUCAACGCCUACUGUCACACCCCCUACCGGCACCCCCCAUACCGGCACCACCCCUACCUGCACCACCCCUACUUGCACCACCCCAAUACGCACACCACCUUCCAGCACCACCCCUAAAAGCACAACUCCAACAGGUACCACCCCCAGGAACACCCCUCCUGCAAGUACCACCCCUAGGGGAAACACCCCUACAGGCACCACCCCUAGGAGCACAACACCCAAGAGCACCACCCCUAGGACCAGGGCCCCCAGGAGUAACACCCCUGAUAGAAGCACUCCUAAGGGCGCCAAUCCUAGCAGCAGCACCCCAAAGGACACCACCCCUAAGGGCCCCACCCCUAAGAGCACCACCCCUAAGGGCUCCACCCCUAAGGGCACCACCCCUAAGAACACCACCCCUAAGGGCACCACUCCAUUUGGCACCACCCCGAAGGGCCUCUCUCCGAGGAGCACGACUCCUAAGAGCACCACCCGUACAAGCACUACGCCUCGAAGCAAGUCCCCAAGCACCCCCACUGCUCGAUUCUCCCAUCCUACAAUCACCCCACCCAGCUCCUCCCCCUUUUGGCCAUCUGGGUGGUCGUCCCCUUGGAAAAGCACCACCAGCGGCAGCAGCAGCAGCGGGGGGGUACAAGCAGAAGUACAGCGACAAGAAGAGUCGCAAAAACAGGCACCUGCUGAUGGUAGUGUAUUGGAUGAGGGAUAUGAGGACGGGUGUAUGAUGGGUGCUCAUGGUUCAGAAGAAGCAAACCACGCAAAGCUUCGGUUGAUUCGCCAGUUACUUAGCAACUCACAGAAGCAGGCAAGUGUGACCAGUGUGGAUUUUUCCUGAUCUUGGGCGAUGGCUUUUUAGGAUAUGGCUUCCAGUCCUAGAUGAACUAUAGCCAACUUCGUCAUUCCUAUUAUGGGUGGUUGUUUAUACUUCAUACAGACUGCUAC